AUGUACAAUGCCCAUCGUACAUCAAUGUCGCUUCUGUCGCUGCCCGCAGAGCUCAGGCUACAGAUAUACCAGAACUUGCCACAUCUCCGACCAGGCCGCAGUGAGACGGUGGCGCCGCGUAUAGCUAUAACACCGGCUAUCUCUAGAGUCAAUUGCAAAUUGCGGCAGGAAUCGCUGCCGAUCUACGCGGAGAACGCGCAUUUCUUCAUACAGGCUGAUGAGGAGAGCCUCCCAGCAAGCGAUCGUGUCGCAGCAUGGCUCUUCGCUCUCGGGAGUGCUAUCAAGCACGUCCGUAGCUUCCAGCUGAGCCGCCACUGGAUCGGAAGCCACCCAACUCGCUGGCAGGGUCACGUUGGCUUUUAUGUCCGUCUUGAGCGGCUGGAUGAUGCGUGGCAGGUCAAAGCAGGCACGUACCCCAUAGCUGGGGAUAUCCGAGCGAUGCGAGCGGAAAGCGUUGAACUCCUGCAAUACGUCGUGCGGCAAAACGUUGUGCUACCUCUCAAUAUGCGAGACAAGCCCGAGCUUCAAGCCCAGGAUGUGCAGUUUGUCGCGGCCGCGAUUGCAGUUGUGGCUACUCAUCCGAUCUCCGCGGUUGACACUGAGCAGAGUGUGGCCGGUGGGCAGCGGCGGAGGAAGGCUUGGUCGCAGCUGGAAGGGGCACUGCUGGCAUUGAAGCCUGCAGCCGGCGAGCAUGAUGUCUGGCCUUCCCGAACACUCCGUUGA